CCAGCGCACAUGUAAUCAAGAUGGCGGACGCACAUGAGUUAUUCAAAAGACUAAGUACAGGAGCGAAAUUCGACAAGAAGACGUUAAAGAUAAGCUUUCAGAAAUUACAGCCCAGACAGAAUACAGGCGAAUUACAAGGAUCAAAGGGUAUAUCCGAGGCAUUGGAUUUCUUUGGGAAUAAUACAGAGACGCAUGAAUUAGAUUUAAAAGCAGAUCAAGACACUCUAAAAGAGACUGGAAAUAUAGAAGCUGAAGGAAAGAAGAAAGCCAAGAAGAGGAAACAUACACUAGAAGAAAAUCAUCAGCCAUCAUUAGAUGGUGAAGGAAAGGACAGAAAACGGCUGAAAGGAAAACUGACAAAUGAACAGCUAGCUCAGUUACACCUUGAACAAGUACAAACUUCUAGACAUGCACAUAGAAUAUUUGUCAAAGGAUCAGAUAUUCCAGAUCCUACAGAAACGUUUUCAGUACUCAAGGAAAGGUAUAAUUUAGCAGACUAUAUCAUAAGAAAUGUAAAGGAAAGAGGAUACGCAGAGCCAACACCUAUACAGAUGCAAGCUAUGCCUCUUAUGCUUCAUGGAAGAGAAGUUCUAUGCUGUGCUCCUACAGGUUCUGGAAAAACUGUUGCUUUUAUUGUUCCAUUGCUUCAUGAACUGAAGCGACCCAAAAAGUCUGGAUUUAGAGCACUGGUGAUUUCUCCGACAAGAGAGCUUGCACAACAGAUUUACAGGGAGUUUUGUCACCUGUCUAAGGGCUGUGCCUUCAAAAUACACAUCCUAACCAAAGCCAAAGCUUCGUCAAACAAUUUUGGAUCAAAAGCAUUAAAACGCUUUGAUAUUUUGGUCACAACACCAAACAGGCUUGUCCAUUUACUAGCUCAAGACCCUCCAGGCAUAAGCCUGCAUAGUGUCAAGUGGCUGGUUCUGGAUGAAGCUGAUAAACUCUUUGAGCAAGGCAAAGAUGGCUUCAGAGACCAGAUUGCUACUAUUUAUCAAGAAUGUGAUAACAAAAAUAUAAAACAUGCAUUAUUUAGUGCGACAUUGUCUAAUGGAAUAGAGGAAUGGGCGCAGUUGCAUCUUGAUAACCAUGUGAAAGUAACUGUUGGAGUAAGAAAUUCAGCCACCAAGACUGUGGAGCAAGAGUUGUUGUUUGUUGGACAGGAGUCUGGAAAACUGCUGGCUGUACAUGAUAUUAUAAGAAAGGGGUUUAACCCUCCAGUACUUAUCUUUGUCCAGUCAAAGGACAGAGCUAAAGAAUUGUUCCAUGAGCUCAUCUAUGAUGGAAUAAAUGUAGAUGUUAUACACUCUGACAGAACACAAGCACAGAGAGAUAACAUCGUUAAGAGUUUCAGAUCGGGAAAAAUUUGGGUGCUCAUUGCUACAGAAUUGAUGGGACGUGGUAUUGAUUUCAAAGGAGUCAACUUGGUUAUUAACUAUGAUUUCCCGACAUCAGCGGUUUCGUACAUCCAUAGAAUAGGUAGGACAGGACGUGCUGGACGGGCGGGUAAGGCAGUGACCUUCUUCACUGAAGCUGAUGUCAUUUACUUAAGAAGCAUAGCAAAUGUAAUGAAAACUUCAGGAUGCAAAAUUCCAGACUGGAUGCUGAAGAUCAAGAAACCUAGCAGAAAAACUAAGAAGCACCUUACGACAGCACCAGUGAAAAGGUCAACCAUCAAAACAGUGACAACCUAUGACUUAAACAAGGCUAAAAGAAAAAGGAACUUGAUCGAAGCCUCGAAAAAACGAAAAACCCAGGCUGACGAGUCAGUUAGUCAAGAAGAAUGAAUUGGGGCUCAAUUUAUGGGGCGUAUUUCUAUGAGAUGCCCUAAUUUUAGACGGAAAUUUUCUGAUGAAAGCCAAGAAGUGCAUAAUAAAUUUGAAGAAAAUAAAGUAUAGGAAAUAAUUUACUUGA